AUGGACACUCCUGAACUUCGUCAGCGAAGGCAGGCACCAGUGUCUGUCCAAGAGAACAAUGCGGUCGAGAAGCCUCGAAAUUCCAGAGAUACAGAGCCGCGUCUUAAACAUGGCAUUCCUAUGCAGCUUCUCCGGUCCCUGCUGCUUGCAACAUGGUUCAACUGCUGCUGUAUCAUCAUCCUCGCGACUCAGCUAAUUGGCUCUCCGCUAUACUUCAUCAAUAAAGAUUAUUACUAUAGUUAUAUGGCUCUUACGAAACAAUCAUUUGGGCUGGUUAUCACAGCGCUUACACAAUGGGGCUGCCCGACAUAUGUGCGCGUCAGUGGGGACGAGAGCGUGCGAGGUCAGAUCCAUUUGAGCAAGGACGGACGACUGAAGACACAAUUCCCGGAACGCCUGGUCUUGGUCGCCAACCAUCAGGUAUAUACCGACUGGAUCUAUCUUUGGUGGGUUGCUUAUACGAAUACGAUGCAUGGUCGCAUCUUCAUCAUCCUCAAGGAAUCUCUCAAGUAUAUCCCAAUCAUCGGGCAGGGUAUGACCUUUUACGGGUUCAUCUUCAUGGCUCGUAAAUGGCUAUCUGACAAGCCCCGAUUACAACAUCGCUUGGAAAAGCUCAAAACCAAGCUCUCAGGCUCCAACUCGGGUACCUCGGAAUAUGAUCCAAUGUGGCUAUUGAUCUUCCCUGAGGGCACAAACUUGUCUCUGAAUACGAAGCGACGGAGUGAUGAAUUCGGCGCAAAGCAAGGACUGCCAGCUUUGAAGCAUGAGAUCCUUCCGCGGUCAACCGGCCUCCUCUUCUGUUUACAGCAGUUGAAAGGAACUGUGGACUGGGUAUACGACUGCACUGUUGCCUAUGAAGGGCCCCCGAAGGGCAGUUAUCCCGAUAAGUACUUCACUCUGCGGUCCACGUAUCUACAAGGACGCCCGCCGACUUCCGUCAAUAUGUACUGGAGGCGAUUCGCUUUGUCUGAUAUCCCUUUGGAUGACCAAAACGAAUUUGAUGCUUGGCUCCGGGCGCGCUGGACCGAGAAGGACGUUUUGCUUGACGAAUACUUCGAGACCGGAAGGUUUCCAACUGGGCUAGCGGGCUCUAUCAACACCGACGAGGUGCCCGAAACACAGAGACAAGCUGCUUCAAAGGGCUAUGCUGAGGCACACGUUCGGCUGGCUCACUGGACGGAGCUUGGGCGGAUAUUCAUGGUGUUGGUUGGCGUUGCGUUUUUGUGCAGAUUACCCAAGGUCUUGGGACUCUGCCAGUAG